AUGAGGAUUGUGAAAGCACUAAUUUCGUUGGCCCUUGUGGCUGAUGUGACUUUGGCGUCAUCUUGGCUAUCCAAAGCUGCUUACAACAAAUGGCACGAAACAGAGUUAGAGAGGUGGCUGUCAGAUAAUAAUAUUCCCUACCCAACUCCAGCGGAUCGUAAAGAGCUGGAGAGAUUGGUUCAGGCAAAUUGGGACACACAUGUCGUCACACCAUAUCGCGAUUGGGAUGCAAACAGGCUCACCGAGUACCUCAAAAGAAAGGGGGUUGAGACCAAAGAAUCAGCAGAAAAUGCGCGCGACUCUCUCAUCAGUCAGGUCAAGAAUUACUGGUAUGAAACUGAAGACAAGGCACAAGCUGGCUGGACCAAUGUCAAGGACUGGAUUCUGGAUACAUGGUCCGACAGUCAGCUCAAGGCAUUUUGUGACCGCCAUGGAAUCCCGGUUCCCCAGCCCCAUAAGCGGGACACGCUGCUCCAGAAGGUUCGCGAGAACUUCCACACCAUCGCUGAGAAGCUUGGAGAGACGGCCUCGUAUCCAGGGGAUUGGCUUUACGAGACUUGGACAGAGUCGGAUCUGAAAGAAUGGCUUGAUACUCAUGGCUUUCCGGCGCCGCAGCCAACAACACGUGACAAGCUUAUUGCUUCCGUUAGGCGCAACUCACGUCUUGCGUAUCUGCGGAUGCAGGAAGAGGCCGAGCGUUCUCGGAGUAAGGUUCAAGAGGCAUACGCUACUUUGACGGACAAGCUCAUCGACGCCUGGGGAGAAUCGCAACUGAAGGAGUUCUGUGAUAAGAAUGGAAUCAAGGUCCCUCAAGGCACUAAGCUUAAUGAGUUGCGUGCCUUAGUUCGCAAGCAUCGUGCAGAGAUCAUGGGUGACACUGUCGCAGACUCUGCAGCAUCGGCUUUUGGUGCCGCAACGUCUAGCAUUGGCUCGGCCGCAUCUCGAGCAACUGACGCUGCAGCUAGGGCGACAGAUGCUGCAGCACAGGCAAUCCAGGACGCAUUCGACAAAGCGAUAAACACCUGGUCCGAUAGCCGCUUGAAGGCGUUUUUGGAUGCUCGUGGCGUGCCCGUUCCACAAGGUAGCAAGACCAACGAGCUGCUGGCGCUUGUGCGCAAGCAUGCCCACAAAGCAGCAUCCGGUUGGACAGCUUGGACGUGGGAUGACCUGACGACGGACAAUCUCCGCGAAUACUUGAAGUCAAGCGGCAAUGCAGCAGCCAGGAAGAUUGCAGACAAGUCGGAUGCCACUAGGGAAGAACUCGUGGCAGCGGCGAAACGAACGUACGCGUCGGCAUCUUCGGCGGGAGGUUCCAUCUAUGCAUCAGCGACCAAUUACCUGGCAAAGGCAACAGAUAGUGCCAAAGAAAGUCUCUUCGACACGUGGAGUGAGAGUGAGCUUAAGGCGUACCUGGACAGCUAUGGAGUACCUGUGCCGCAGGGAUCAACGGUCAACGAACUCCGCGCACUAGCUCGCAGACAAUACACGUACUUCAAGUACGGCACGAGCUCGCCGUCAAGCCCUGCGUAUGCAAAGAUCAAAGAAGUUCUGCUGAACGGAUGGCAGUGGGUUGCCAACCAGCUCAAGCUGGGGUCCGAGGCGGCUAGGGACAAAGCUGCUGAGCAAGAGAAAGCGGCGAAGAAGGCACAUCAGGAACUCUGA